AUGAGAUUGAAAUUAGCAGCCUGUGGGGGCGGUUAUGGGGUUAGGAGUUUCUGCUCGGGGCGGAAUCGGUUUUGGGUCGCGGGUGGGUUCGAGUGCGGUUUGAUUCCCGAGCUCGGAGGCUCGGGAGUCGUGGAGGUCAAGCGAAGAUCCAUGGCGGACGUGUUGGGCGGUGUACAGGCGGAGCAGCAGGGAGUACAACCUGGCUCGGAGGAGGUUUCUGCUCAUCCUCAGGAGGGGUAUAUGCAGAAGUUCAGGCUAUAUGAGACUAGAUCGAAAUUUUAUAUGGUAGGGAGGGACAAAAAUAGAACAUAUUGGAAAGUUUUGAAAAUUGACAGAUCAGAACCUUGUGAGCUUAACAUUCGUGAAGAUCCUACCAGAUAUAGUGAAAGGGAGUGCUCUGAUCUAUUGAGAAGGAUACACGAAGGAAACCAGGCUACGGGAGGACUUAAAUUUGUCACAACAUGUUAUGGCAUUGUUGGAUUCAUCAAAUUUUUAGGCCCCUAUUACAUGCUACUCAUUACAAAACGGAGGCAGAUUGGCGUAAUCUGUGGUCAUACUAUAUAUUCAAUCUCAAAGAGUGAGAUAUUUCCUGUGCCACAUUCCGCUUUUAGCACCAGCAUGGUUAAUUAUAAAAGCGAGAACAGAUACAAGAAGCUCUUGUGUAUGGUGGAUCUUACUAAGGACUUCUACUUCAGUUACUCCUACAAUGUUAUGAGGAGUCUCCAGAAGAACAUGUGUGAUAAAAACCCGGGACCGGUCUUGUAUGAAACUAUGUUUGUCUGGAAUGAGUUUCUUACUCGCGGAAUACGUAAUAUUCUUCAGAAUACUCUGUGGACUGUGGCACUGGUCUAUGGCUUUUUUAAGCAAGCUGCAUUUUCUAUAUCUGGGCGGGAUCUCCGACUAACUCUGAUCGCAAGGCGUUCGCGGCACUAUGCUGGUACCAGAUAUCUUAAACGCGGUGUGAACGAGAAGGGCAGAGUGGCAAAUGAUGUGGAAACGGAGCAAAUUGUAGUUGAGGAUGGUCCUCAAGGAGUGCCAAUGCAAAUUAGUUCUGUGGUCCAAAACCGUGGCUCGAUCCCACUCUUUUGGUCACAAGAAACUUCCCGGCUAAACCUUAAACCUGAUAUUAUAUUGUCGAAGAGGGAUGAAACAUAUGAGGCUACUAGACUUCAUUUUGAGCAUCUUGUCAAGAGAUAUGGAAAUCCGAUCAUUAUCUUGAAUUUAAUUAAGACAAAUGAAAAGAAGCCUCGAGAAUCCAUUCUCCGUGCAGAAUUUGCUAAUGCCAUUGAAGUCAUUAAUAAGAAUCUGCCAGAGGAGAAUCGGCUUAAAUUUCUUCAUUGGGAUUUGCAUAAACACUCCCGGAGCAAAGCUACAAAUGUUUUGCUACUUUUGGGAAAGGUGGCUGCCUAUGCUCUGACGCUGACAGGUUUCUUUUACUGUGAAGUAACACCUGCAUUGUUAUCCGAGGGGCACCUCAAAUGGCCUAGUUUUGAGAAUGUCGUUACUCCUGAUUCUUCGGCCACAACAUAUCCUGAAACAGAUAUAGCGAAACAUAACUUUGACGAGAAUGAAGAUUCUGACGACUUGGAAAAAAAGUCUGGUGGAUGCAACAACAAUUUGAAUAAUAAUAAUAAUAAUAAUAAUCUUUCGGUCAAACCGCCAACGGUGCAAAGGGGCGUGCUCCGGACAAACUGCAUAGAUUGUUUGGAUCGAACAAAUGUGGCUCAAUACGCUUAUGGCUGGGCUGCUUUAGGGCAUCAGCUUCGUGCUUUGGGAGUGACUACUUCGACAAAAUUAGACCUUGAUGACCCACUGGCUGAGGACUUAAUGGGUUUUUAUGAGAGAAUGGGUGAUACUCUUGCACAUCAAUAUGGGGGAUCAGCUGCCCACAACAAGAUUUUCUCGGAGAGAAGAGGCCAAUGGAAAGCUGCGAUACAGUCUCAGGAAUUUUUCCGAACUCUACAAAGAUAUUACAGCAAUGCUUAUGUGGAUGCAGAAAAGCAAAAUGCAAUUAAUAUAUUUUUGGGACAUUUUCAGCCACAACUAGGCAAACCUGAUCUGUGGGAGCUUGAUUCUGAUCAGUUUAAUCUGCGAAGGAAUGAAUACCCAGAUAUCGAUGAUAAUGGAAGGUCAUGGGUUAAAAGAUCAUGGUCAGAGGGUCACAUUCUUCGUGAACAAUGUUCUCCCACAUCUUCCUCAAACCUCAAUACAGGAAGUACUAAAAUGCUUUCUGAGUCGGCACCUGACAUGUCGACUUCCGAAGCACAGUUAGCAUAUUUAAGAUGUAAUCCGCCUGCUAGAGAGAUUUUUUCGGAAAUGCAACGAGAGAGAGAUAUUGAACAUGAAAAUUGGAACAGUAUUGAUUGCUCUAACUUUGUUGACGUAGAUUGGCUCUCCUCCUCCUGUAAUUCAUUCGAAGAAGAGUUGUUGGAGAGGUCGAUGCAUAUGUCAUCAGAGAAUGUACUGAUUGGGGAGCAAACCCCAUCUACCAGUGAAUGUGAACCGAGCACGAGGGGGAAGGAGCAAACUAGAACCGAGUUGUGUUACGAUGAAGCUCGUGACUCGGAAGUUUUUGGCGAAUUUCCGGAUAGUUUUGUGCGUUGGGUGACAAAUGGGGAAACACUAUGUCACUGA